AUGCCUAUCUUCAAGGACCCAGUCAAGAGUCCCGACCAGCAGAGAUGCACAUCAAGCAAGAUACACGACCUUGCCUGGUCAGUCGGCUCAGCCGCAUACCUGUCGCCCGACUUUCCUCAAGACCGCAUACCCGUUGCAGCUACUUCUUGGGACGCCAAAGGCGACAAGGAACAGCUANAAAAGUUCGGUUUUGAAUUCGACAAGUACAUCUGGAGGUCCUUCGACAUUCAGUCUAUGGUCAAACAUCAACGACCGCAAGGCAAAGUGGCGGGCAAGGGGCCUACAAGUCGAUACAAGUUGAUCGAGGCCUCCGAGGAGUUUGGGCGCCGUAUGACCACCCAGAAGGACCUGCUCGACAGGUACUCUGAUGGCAGGCCUCGUCUUGACAACGACGACGUACAACAUUGUGCUGUCACGGACGCAACAAGCACAGUCAAGCCCACAGGGGAGCUUCUCGAGGAUAUGGCUGAGGUCGACGGCUUGCGCAGCAUCGAGGAAGGCACUCUACCCAAGACAGUCUGGCCGCCAAACGGUCCCAAUGUUCGAAUUCUCUCGCUCGACACGUACGCAGACACUUCAUAUCUUUUAACAGAUGCUGAUUGUUGUACAGAGNAAAGCUGUUGCCUACCGGAAGACAUGAAUCGUCCUCGUGGCUACAAGUACCCGACAUUCAUGUCAGAGCUCGGGAUUGUCUUCAUCGAUACUGACACUAUCCGCGCACACCCUGAAGACUGGCAAGAACAUAUCACUACUACACAUGCCAUCAUCAAAGAGCACUGGGACCAUCACCCUCACCGCCGUUGCCAGGACUCGAUGGGCAUAGACAAUACUCUGCCAUUCUACCCAAGAUUCAGUGCCUCCUGCGGGCCGUCAGGCUCUCUCCAAGAAGGACGGAUAUUCUUCGUUGAUGGCACCCCACACACUGUAACGAUGUCGCCCGACUCAGAGAUUGUACCGCAAGCCCAACUCUUGGACUGGCUGUUGGCCAAGAUCUACCAGGAACCUCUUCCAGGGCGUCUCUCUCCAACUUCGGGACGCAGAAAGACAGUUCAAUGA